CCUCGCGCCCGCGCUGCGCGCCCUCCCGCUCCCGCCCAGCCUGUGCCGCUACCGCGGCCGCCAGAGAAGCAACUUCUCGAGCGCCCGCGUCCGGCGGGACCCCGGCGCCGCCCCCCGUCCAGCGCCGAGCGCCGAGGCCAUGGACGCGCUGGCCGGGCUGCUGCCCCCGCUCCUGCUUCUCUGCGCGCAGCAGCACCGCGGCACCAGAGCAAUGAACGAUAUUGGGGACUAUGUCGGCUCCAACCUGGAGAUAUCCUGGCUUCCCAACCUGGAUGGCUUGAUGGAGGGCUAUGCUCGCAACUUCCGGCCUGGCAUUGGAGGGCCUCCUGUGAACGUGGCCCUCGCCAUCGAGGUAGCCAGCAUCGACCACAUCUCGGAGGUGAACAUGGAGUACACCAUGACCGUGUUCCUGCACCAGAGCUGGAGGGACAGCAGGCUGGCCUACAACCACACCAACGAGACUCUGGGCCUGGAUAGCCGCUUCGUGGACAAGCUGUGGCUCCCGGACACCUUCAUUGUGAACGCCAAGUCCGCCUGGUUCCAUGACGUGACUGUGGAGAACAAGCUGAUCCGGCUACAGCCCGACGGGGUGAUCCUGUACAGCAUCCGAAUCACCUCCACGGUGGCCUGCGACAUGGACCUGGCCAAGUACCCCAUGGACGAGCAGGAGUGUAUGCUGCACCUGGAGAGUUAUGGCUACUCAUCUGAGGACAUCGUUUACUACUGGUCUGAGAACCAGGAGCAGAUCCACGGGCUGAACAAGCUGCAGCUGGCUCAGUUCACCAUCACCAGCUACCAUUUCGCCACAGAGCUGAUGAACUUCAAAUCCGCCGGUCAGUUCCCUCGGCUCAGCCUGCAUUUCCACCUGCGGAGGAACCGGGGCGUCUACAUCAUCCAGUCCUACAUGCCCUCCAUCCUGCUGGUCGCCAUGUCCUGGGUCUCCUUCUGGAUCAGCCAGGCAGCAGUGCCGGCCAGGGUGUCUCUAGGUAUUACCACGGUGCUGACCAUGACCACGCUGAUGGUCAGCGCCCGCUCUUCCCUCCCACGGGCCUCAGCCAUCAAGGCGCUGGACGUGUACUUCUGGAUUUGCUACGUCUUUGUGUUUGCCGCGUUGGUGGAGUAUGCCUUCGCCCACUUCAAUGCUGACUACCGGAAGAAGCAAAAGGCCAAGGUCAAGGUCAAGGAGCAGAAAGCAGAGAUGGAUGUGAAGAACGCCAUCGUGCUCUUCUCCCUGUCGGCCGCUGGUGCCACCCAGGAGCUGGCCGUGUCCCGCCGGCACUGCCGCAGGCCUGGGAACCUCAUGGGCUCCUAUAGGUGUGUGGACAUGGAGACGGGAGAGGCCAGGAAGCAGGGGGAGGCCCGUGCGGGGGGCCAAGGAGGCCUCCGUGCGCUUUUCAAGCCCAUUGACGCAGACACCAUCGACAUCUACGCCCGCGUGGUGUUCCCUGCGGCCUUCGUGGCCGUCAAUGUCCUCUACUGGGCGGCCUACGCCAUGUGA